UCUUUUCCCCUUCUCCCUCUCGUCUUCGCUCACUCUCGUCAUCCUGCUAAUCUGCUGCUGGAAUUUCAUGAACCUUCAAAGGAAGUAAAGAAAUCACUGAACCAAAGCCCUAAGCGCAGCAAGCAGAAGCAUUAGAGAAUGACGCAGAAGGCCGCGCUUUUCAAAGGUCAAAAGAAGAAGAAAACAAUUCCGCCCAAUCGUCAUGGAAAAGCUCCUCCUACUCGCAAAGGCAAGAAAUUUGUGAAGCCAUCGAAGGUUACAAAGGAGAUGGAUACUGAUCGGGAGAUAAGCAAAUUCAUUAACCACUGCAAUGAGAUUAAAGCUGCCACAGUUGCUCAGAAGGAUGGGGGUCAACUGAGUAUUAUUAAGCCUCCGGCAGAGCCUACGACUGGAUCAAAGAAGUAGUUAUGUUAAAGGAUGAUUACGUUGACAGAAUUAUGUUAUAUUCUUUUGAUGGUGCUUGAUGUGAAAUGGGAAGCCAAUUUUGAUUC